AUGCAAUCCGCUCAACCUACCAGUGAAUACUCUCCUGAGCGUGAGCAUCGCGAGAGUUCCGAUUCCUUGUAUAAACAGCCCGUCGGCGAAAAUGCUUCAUACUACGGCAGCGAAACCCCGCCAGUCUACAACGCCGAAAACCAUGAGGAUUCCGAGCGAGGCCUCGGAUCAACACUUAUUGGCGGUGCUGGCGGUGCUUACGUCGGGCAUCAUAUGGGUGGUGGUGGUAUGGCCACUGCAGGUGGUGCCAUUAUCGGUGCCCUUGGUGCCAACGCUGUUUCACAUGGCUUAGAAAGCCAUCAUCAACGCCUGCAGCAGCAGCAACAGCAACAGCAACAAUACCAACAGCAGCAACAAUAUCAACAGCAGUACCAAGGAUAUGGGGGGUAUCCACCUCAGUUUUACCCUCAAGCCUCGUACCCCGGCCCCGGCUAUCAGCAAGGUAUGCCUGUUACUGCUUCCAGAUAUGGUGGUGGUCUUCUUGGUGAUCGCUUUGGUGCUGGUCGCCUGGCAGGUCAGGAUGUUGGCCGCCUCUCCCACUGCCAAAGGAAACACUUGGCUAAGCUUGAGCAUAAGGAAGCAAAGCUUUUGCGCAAGUGUUAA